GCCGGAUCUGUGACAUAUAUUUUCUCUGCUAGUUUCUGUAAAUACGUUUUGGCACCCGAACAGCAGCUUACACAUAUUAACCCUUCCCGACCUUCCUUAACAUCAUACCAAGUUCUCUCCCAACUUCUGCCUCCUCGUAUUUAAAUCCUCCACUAUUGAUUAAUGGCAGAGGAUAUUGAUAUGCACAACCAUAAGUCCAGCGCCUCUCCUGCUCGAGAGCUGCCCCACACAUCAUCUCCGAAUUCCCGAAAGCGGAAAACCCCUCCAGAACGGGGGGAUUCAGCUGACGCUGAAGGCGAGAGCGUAGACGACUCAGUCGCCGUUCCGAAAGGCGAAUAUGAAACAGGUCGUGUCAUGUGCGAAGUUUGCAGCGAGGGCGUCUCAUUUCGUGAUGAAGCAACCGGCGGAUUUACCCUGAAACACUGGGACGCCCAUCGCCAACAAUGUGCCAACACCACUCAGGCCGUGCCCGAGCCUGUCAUCUAUACGCCGGAAAGUACGGCCGAGGCUCUCGCUAAUCCUCCCGCCAAACGGCGGCGUGCCAAGCGCACUGAGGAGGAACGCAUCGACUACCUCAGGGCUGAUCCUUACGUCGCGCAGUUUGAAGCAUAUCGUGUAUUAUGUGCUUCGUGUGACAAGUGGAUCCGGCUCCGUCCUAAUUCCACGUAUUGCUCAAUACCUUGGGAUGCUCACCGCAAGAGUUGCUUGUCAAAAAAGAUUAACAACAAGAAUGGUUGUGCCCUCGAAGAGAGAAAUUCAUUGCUCUCCAAAGACCCGGACGUCCGCAAGUUUGACGCCGAGCGUGUCUUGUGCAACACUUGCGACCGUUGGAUCCAAGUCAGCCCUGAAAACCACAUGCAGGCGGUCCAAAAGUGGCUGCACCACCGGUCGUCCUGUCAAAAGGGCGCUGGACAAUCUUCUGGAUCUCAAGCGGAAGCUUCAUCAUCUCAGCCACCACAAUCUGAUCCCGUAGCCCGAGAAGGUCAACCUGACCCUGGGCAUGUGCCUGCAGCUGCCAGGCAUCCCCCUGAUUCUCCAGUCCACGGAAAGGCCCCCAUCCCGUCGGCAACACCUGGCUCACCGUCUUCAUCCUUUAAGGAUUUGACGCCCACCAAUUUUCCAGCUCAUGAGUCUCGACGUCGCAACGCCGAACAACGAGCGGCAACUCUCAAGGCUGAUCCCCUGGUUGAAGAGGUUGAACCGAACAGAGUCUUCUGUUCUCUUUGUAAGAAAUGGGUUCAGCUUCGACAGGACAGUUCUUACUGCGCGUAUCCAUGGAUACAGCAUCGGGGGAAAUGUCUAGCCAGACAUCAGAGACGAGCUCAGAAAGCUACAGAAGUUGCUGAGAUGAGAGCGAAAGGCGGCCCGUCCCAUCCUGAUGACGGAGUCCUAUCAGACGAGGAUGCAUCUGCUGAAGACGAAUUGGAGUCAGAGGAGCCGUAUGAUAUUCAUGACCUAACCACAGAUGACAAGCGCAAAGCUAGGAUUUCGGAUUUUCGGUCUCUCCACACUACGAAGAAACAACGGUUGGACACUGGCAGCAGCCGCAUUGGUUCCGCAUGGGCUGGACUUGAUAAUACGUCCACUGUCAAGAGGUCGUCGCAAAGCGUCCGCUCCAUCCGCCCAAAGGGAAGAGCUGAUAGCGACCUUCAUGCACCGUUGACGGAUGCCUCCGGGUCGCCGAGCCGCCUGAACCGUCGCCUUGCGCUUGGUUUUGCUGACUUAGACACCGUUCCUGGACGGAUGGAUUUCAUUUUCUCGUCAAUCGCAUACCUAUUUAUGACCACUUAUGAAAGCACGGAUGACAUGACCAUAUCUUCCCUGUUGACAUACUUGAACUCUGCUAUACCUGCCGACAAACACGAGGACUUUGACACAGCCGAAGUCGUCAAAGCAGCGGCCGCCUUGCAGGACCGUGGUGACAUCAUUUUUGAAGGCGAUAUGUUGCGCCUUCCGGAAUAGCCGGUGAAUCCGGACGCUGAGUAUUUCCAAUUCUUGUGCAUAUAUGUAUACCUAUUGUCUCGUUCCACAUUUCUUGGACUUCCACUCCACUGUCAACUCACUGUUAUCUAUUGCUAGUUGCGCGCCCAUAUCCAUCCCCAUGCUUCGCGCUGAUUUUUUGUUCACCCCACCAACGACAAUCGCAUCGAAUGUGUAUCUACCGUUCAUACCACCGACCUCUUGUAUCAUUGCUAAUUUUCUUGAACUGCGAUGCGCUGUAUGCAUCACAUACCGAUU